AUGACUUGCAGUUCCGAUGUCCGAAUCUUUCGAUUUUGUCGCUUCUUGUCAGGUCGAGGACCUACACAAACGUGCAAACGAAAAUCACGUGCGUUAGGCUCAGCAGAUGUGGAUUUCGACGAUCACUCCACAUGGGGUGGAAACGCGUUCUCAGGCGCCCAGGCCGUGAACACGCAAGCCCAGAGGCAGGCGCUUGAGCCACCUCUUGCCAACCGCACUUCGACAUCAUCAUCAUUGCUAGCCGCUCAUCGUACUACGCUCAUCAUCAUCACCUGCCGACGUCGCCGCAUUUUCCAACACCACUGCAUCAACAACACAUUAUCGGGAGACAUGAUCAACUUUCACCCUGGCCAGACGUGGUCGUCGAACCCCAACCCGGCGUACGCCAACCUUGGCACUCCGUCUUUUAGCUCGGCGGCUGCAUCAUCUUCGUCGGAUCCCACCUCGCACACGUCGCAGCCGAUCGUGACGGGUACGUCGGUGCUCGGACUCAAGUACAAGGAUGGCAUUAUGCUCGCCACGGACACGCUCGCCUCGUACGGCUCGCUCGCACGAUUCAUGGACAUCACGCGCAUCUCGCAGUUUGGACAGAACACGCUCAUCGGUGCGAGCGGCGACAUGAGCGACUGGCAAUACGUGCAGCACAUGCUGGGAAAGCUCAUCACAUCCGAAGAGGUCACUGCCGACGGACACACGCUUACACCCGCGCAGAUCUACGCCUACCUCGCGCGUGUCAUGUACAAGAGGAGAAGCGACAUCAACCCUCUCUGGAACUCAUUUGUGCUCGGCGGCGUGGACCCCAAGGACGGCACACCAUUCCUGGGCUACGUCGACCUGCUCGGCACCACGUUCACAAGCAGCACCAUCGCCACGGGCUUCGGUCUGCACCUGGCGCAGCCUCUGCUGCGAAAGAUGGUCGAGGGUCGCGAGGACACGUUGACCGAGGAGGAGGCCAAGGAUAUCCUCGAGAACUGCAUGAAGGUGCUCUUCUACCGCGACGCAAGAUCGCUCAACAGGUUCCGUGUCGCCAAGGUUACCAAGGAAGGAUGCCACAUCUCGGAGCCGUACAGUGUGCCAACCUCGUGGGGCUUCGCCGAGAUGCUGCGCGGAUACGGACCCCAGACGCAGUAA